AUGGCCGCCGAGUCGUCACACCACCCAUAUGCUCGAUCUCCCAACCCAUCCACAAGGUCAUACGACUCCUCCGUCGAGCCCUCAGCCGAUUGGCAUGCCGUCCCUACCUCCAGUCAACCAGAGCUUCCCGCCGUACGCAUCAAUGUCGAGUUCAGCAAUGGGUCGCGAGUCGCUCGCUUCGACGGAUUCGGUCAUGAGCGCUCAAGUCGUCGCAAGGAUCCCAGCUGCGAUGCUUGCCGUGAGAGAAAGGUCAAGUGCGACGCAACAGAGACGACGAGCUGUUCCGAGUGCUCCAGUCGCAACGUCAAAUGCCAGUUCACCAAGGAGACGAACCGCAGGAUGUCGUCGAUCAAACAAGUCCAAGAUCUGGAGAAGCAGAUUGAGCGCGUCAAGCGCGAUAAUGCGAACCUCCGCCGCAUGCUCGGGGAGAGGGACGGGCCCGUCGACAUGGAAAUGGAGCCAGGAGACAGGCAGCUGUCCCAGCUGCCGUCGAUCGGGUCUGAGCCCAAGCCGCGUCGGCGCCACGCACCGAAUCCCGAGCUGGCUCGGGCGAGGGCCAACGUGCGCGGCUUCUCCAAGGGCAUCUGGAAGCCGCCGGCACCGCAUCGACAUCCGGCCCCGGCCACGUUCGACUGUCCUACCCCUGAGCUGCCUCCCCAUGCCGUUGUUGAUCGGUUGUUGCAUUCGUACUGCAACUCUGCGCACACCAUGUUCCCUAUUCUGCACAUGCCGACCUUUCAGGCCAUGGUCGAUGACUUGUACAGGUUGAAUCCACAACGCGUCUCCUCGGCGUGGAUGUCCUUGUUCUUCGCCGUCCUCGCCAUGGGCAGUCUCUUUAGCCCCGAGCCUCCCACGACGGCCACCUUUUACCGCCCAGCCGACCUCCUCGAAUCCGCGCGCAAGAUGAUGGACCCCUGGAACAACCAGCACACGCUCGACACCGCUCGGGCCCUGGUCCUCAUAACCAUCUGCCUCGGCGAGAUGAACCUGAAAUCAGCCGCUUGGAGCUGGCUCGGCAAUGCGGUCCGGGUGGGCCAAGACCUGGGACUCUACGCAGAGUCCGGGUCGUGGCCAGUCGUCGAGGGGGAGAUGCGACGCAGGACGUGGUGGACCAUUUACAUAGUGGAUCGCACCAUGGCGACCGAGAUGGGCCGCCCCUGUCUGAUUGACGAUGCCGACUGCGACGUGUCUCUGCCGGCUGCGGUGGACGACCAGUAUCUGCGUGAGGAUGGCAUGCGAGUCCCCAACGGCGCCGAGCCGCUGACGCACUCUCUGCUUGCCGUCAUCCACGUGGUCCGAUCGUACACGGCUCUGGUUAAGUCGAUGGACGCCUCCGUUCUUUCGACUGCGCAGCUGUCGACCUUGGAUGCCCAUUUCAACAAGUGCCUGAGCACGUUUCCGCCCGCCUGCGACCCGUCCAGCACCGUCGCCCUGGCUUCGCAUUUCCUCGCGCCCUUGGCCUACCUCUUCCACGCCCGCCUCCUGCUCCACCGACAUAACCUUUCCCCCAGCUGCUCUCCGGAUACGCGCCUUGCCGCCGUCGAGAACUGCAUCCAGGUCGCUCUCGAAACGGCGUCGCUCGUCAACCGCACCAAGUCCCCGGCCGACGGGGCGACGGCGCUCCUGACGGCCCACGUGUUCCGGUCCACGCUCUUCUUGCUCCUGACGGGCUAUCUCGACCACGCCAUCACCUGCAUCCGGGCGCUCGCGGCCAUAGACGCCCGGCGGGAUGUUACGCUGUCUUGUGGGCGCUAUCUGGCCUUUUUCGUGUCCACGUUAGUGACCAAGCGCGCCGAACACACAAACUAUCUGUCGCGCCGGGCCUCGGUCGACCCCGCGGCCCUCCUCGUGUCGCUGGCCAGGGACGAGGAGCUUCUGGCGUACGUGUCAGCCGACCAGCAAGCCUCGCCGCACUUGUCGUGGGUCUGGGCCGGGCCCGAGCUCGAGUCGCCGCGGCUCAAGACGGGGCCCGUCGUCGGCGCCGGUGCCGGCGCGGGCGAGAACGGCCUUUUCAGCUCCGAGAUGAGGACGGGUCUGACCGAGGACGAGCGCAGGGAGUGGGGCGGAUGGGGCCGGCUCGAGUCGGCGGUGCGGAGCCUCGCCUCGCCGUCAGCCGCCUGGUCGACCCCGCUGCCGCCCCCGCCUCAGCACCCGCCGGCCGUCAAGAGCGAGUCCCCCGUCUCGACAGUCGAGGUCCAGAGGUUCUCGGACACGCCGAGGUACGCAGUCGAACACAGGGUCGUGCCGAGCCCGACGGCCACUCCGACGGUCAAGAGGGGCGCCGACCGCAUCAGCAUCGCCAACAUUAUAUGA